UACUGCCUGUAAGCUGCAGUCUGUACUAUCCGAAACACUAACCUUUCAUAAGGCAACUGUUUGUCUCCAGUUCAUAGAGAAAGAAAUGCAUGUGAAAAGAAUAUUUUUGACAUGUCCACCAAAAUCAGCAUGGUAUGAAAGAAAAGAACAGGAAUUACAAUAUUAGUAUUGAAUGUUGCAAAUUGGUAAGCAGGUUGAUGCGAUAGAAUUUAAUCAGAUCAGUCACUAAAGUCUGAGACUUCGUUAAACGAGCCUGAGAGAAAGUAACUUCACGUCUUCACCUGAAAAAUCGAGCUUUUGCAAACAUCUCGGAAAUAACUUGGAUUAAUUUUUAAAUUUAUUCCCCGACUAAAUGUUCUGGACUGCUGUAGGAUAGCCAUGUCAUAUCAUUCCUCUUGUUUCAGUAGGUUUACACUGAAAUUAUCAAACCCUCCAAUUUGGGUUGAUACCAGAAACCAAUGGCUUGCUUCAUAUUCACUGUUGCCCUUCCCCCUGUUUGCCAUCAUUCUGUUGAAUUUGACACUUCCACAUUCGGUACAUUGUGCGAUGUACAAAGUGGGCGUCAUAGGACCCUGGAGAUGUGACCCAAUGUUUGCUAAAGCUCUUCCAAAUGUUGCUGCCAAAUUAGCUGUUGAUCGAAUCAACAAGGAUUCCUCCUUAAGCCUUGGCAACCACUUUGAUUAUGUGAUUCUAAAUGAAGACUGUCAAACCUCCAAAGCUUUAGCUGCUUUUCUUGAGUAUUCAGAACUGGCAUCUGGAUUCAUUGGCCCUACAAAUCCAGGCUAUUGUGAUGCAGCUUCCCUCCUGGGAAAAAAUUGGAAUAGAAUUAUAUUUUCGUGGGCUUGUGUAAACUAUGAACUGGACGAUGCUCUGAAUCAUCCGACCUUUAUGAGAACUUUACCAUCUCCAACAAGAGUUCUCUUCUCAGUGAUGAAAAGCUUUCGGUGGGCCCAUGUAGCCAUCAUCUCAUCAACGGAAGACAUUUGGGUGGAUACAGCUGCGAAAGUGGCCAGUGCCCUCAGGAGACAGGGCCUGCCAGUGGCAGCUGUGUUUUCAAUGGACAAUGAACCAGGGAGUGUCAGGAACAUUCUAAAGAAAGUAAAAACUAUUGAGAAACUUCACAUGAUAAUCAUGUGUAUGCACUCAAUUCUUAUUGGUGGUGAGGUACAGAAACAGCUUUUGGAAAGUGCCCAUGAUUUGCAGAUGACUGAAGGCAACUACGUGUUUAUACCAUAUGACACUCUUCUUUACAGUCUCCCAUACCAAAACACUCCCUACCCAGUAUUGGUGAACAAUUCAAAGCUCCAGAAGGCAUACGACUCAGUGCUAACAAUCACUGUGGAUUCUGCAAAGGUGUCAUUCCAUCAGGCAUUUCAAGAGCAUGUGCAGAGCCAGGAAAUUAUAACACACUUGAAGCCUCACCAGGUAUCCCCAUUGUUUGGUACAAUCUAUAAUGCAAUUUAUUUUCUCGCCAAAGCUAUGGAAAACAAUAGAAAACACCAAGCCUGGGUCUCUGGCAGCAACAUAGCUAAGUUUGCGAAGGACAUAAGAUUUGAUGGCUUCAGUCAGAAGAUUUGGACUGAUAAAAAUGGGGACAGCUUCACUGAUUAUGUAAUCCUGGACACUGAUGGAAAAGGAACAGAACUGUAUCACACAUACACCAUAGAUAUAGAAACAGAUCUAAUACGAUUGACAGGGCGAGCAAUUCAUUUUCCCAAUGGAGUCUUACCAAAAACAGAUUCUGCAUGCUGGUUUACUCGUGGGAAAAUCUGUACUGGAGGAAUUGAUCCUUUCUUCGCCAUAACAGUGCCAUUGAUGAUCAUCUUUGUGGUGCUUUUCAGUGUGGGUCUUGUCUACUGUAUAAGACGCAGAAUAAUUCAAAUAAAAUUACUGAAGGGUCCUGAUAAGAUAUUGCUGACACUCAAUGAUGUAACAUUUAUAAACCCACAGCUCAGUAAGAAGAAAAUCAGUUGUGAAGAUAGUCAACUGAGUGAAGGGGGACAAAGCCUAUCUGAGACCAGAAGUAAAAAAUCUCCCAUGUGGUCACACUCAAUGAGAAGUCUUACUCCUGCCACUCAUGAAAACUCAAACGUAGCAGUUUAUGAGGGUGAUUGGGUUUGGUUGAAGAAGUUUCCUUACAAAGAAUAUGGAAAUAUUACGCCAGGCGCAAGUGCCGUGUUUGAAAUGAUGAAAGAUUUUCGACAUGAAAACAUAAACAUUUUCCUUGGAUUCUUCUUUGACUAUGGGAUGCUUGCUAUUGUGACUGAGUUCUGUACCCGUGGAAGCCUGUUGGAUCUGCUGAGAAAUGAGGAUGUGAAAUUGGACUGGAUGUUCAAAUCAUCACUCCUGCUGGAUCUGAUCAAGGGCAUGAGGUAUCUACAUCACCGAGAAUAUGUGCAUGGAAACCUCAAGUCAAGGAACUGUGUUGUAGAUGGACGCUUUGUUCUAAAGGUGACGGACUAUGGAUAUAUUGAUAUGGCCAAAGCCCAGAACAUUCCAUUGAUGGAACCUCCGGCAGAAGAAUUCCUUUGGAUUGCUCCUGAGAUACUACGGAAGCCUAAUCCUUUAAUGAACGGUACCUUCAAAGGGGACAUUUACAGUUUUGCAAUCAUAAUGCAAGAGGUGGUAAUACGUGGUCCACCAUACUGCAUGUUUGAUCUGUCAGCAGAAGAAAUCAUCCAGAAUAUAAAAAAGCCCCCUCCUUUGCUCAGGCCAAUUAUUACCCAAGAUCAUGCUCCCAUAGAGUGUAUCCAGUUAUUGAGCCAAUGCUGGAAUGAAAUACCUGAAAGAAGACCAUCCUUUGAUGAGAUCUUCGAUAAUUUCAGGAAUAUUAACAAAGGUAGGAAAACCAAUAUCAUCGACUCUAUGCUGAGAAUGCUUGAACAAUAUUCCAGUAAUCUGGAGGAUCUCAUUAGAGAACGAACUGAAGAGUUAGAAAUAGAAAAGCAGAAAACAGAGAAACUUCUGACACAGAUGUUACCUCCAUCAGUUUCAGAGUCCCUGAAAACUGGCUGUACUGUUGAGCCUGAAUACUUUGACCAGGUGACCCUGUACUUCAGUGACAUCGUUGGUUUUACAACUAUAUCAGCAAUGAGUGAACCUAUCGAAGUGGUUGACCUCCUGAAUGAUCUCUACACACUUUUUGAUGCUGUGUUAGAAAAUCAUGAUGUUUACAAGGUGGAAACCAUUGGAGAUGCUUACAUGGUGGUCUCUGGCCUCCCAACAAGGAAUGGUAACAGGCAUGCAGCUGAAAUUGCAAACAUGUCUCUGGAUAUCCUGAGUGCGGUAGGCACUUUUAAAAUGAGGCAUAUGCCGGAUGUGCCAGUUCGCAUAAGGAUAGGUCUGCACUCAGGACCAUCUGUUGCAGGAGUUGUGGGUCUGACCAUGCCACGGUAUUGUCUAUUUGGAGAUACAGUCACUACAGCUUCACGCAUGGAAUCCACAGGGCAACCUUAUCGUAUUCAUGUCAAUCACACGACUGUUAAAAUUCUUAUAAAUCUGAAUGAAGGUUACAAGCUGGAGCCCAGAGAAAGAACUGAACUGAUGGGCCAAGGCUUUGAGCAGACCUACUGGCUGGUAGGGAAAGAGGGUUUUACCAAGCCAUUACCGAAACCUCCAGAAUUGAAGCCAGGGCAAAAUACCCAUGGCUUGCAAAUGGAAGAAAUGGCAAGGUACAAACAAAUGAAAGCACAAAAGCAGCAAAAAACAAGUUUCCAGCGUUGACAGCCUGAAGAGAAACGAUCUGUCUAUGAAGAAGGCAACAUACAUGCAUCAUGUGGCAGCACAGCUUCCACAAUAAGAGGACAAUGAUAGCUUCACAUAUGGCAAACUUAAUCUUCAUCCUGUGAUUAAAAGGCUGCAUCUGAUUAACAAGGACACUGUGAAAGGUUAUUCACACUGGUAUUAAGACUACUGCAGCAGAUAAAUCAGAAUCAGAUUAUUAAAAUUAAUCUUGAAGGAAAAUCUAAAAUUCAAUAUGAUGCCUAUUCCCCACAGCAUGACAAAUACAGAAAUUUAGCUACUGAAUAUUGCAAGAAUGAAGGGCUUUUCAUCUUAUAUAAAAAUGAUAAAAGAAAAAUCCAACAUGCAGCAGAGAUAUUUUACACUUGAAUCUCAAGAUUUCAGAAGAAUUAAAGCUUCCUCCAACUGCAGUUUAAGUUUUAUCUGUUAGGAAAUUAUUCAAAGACCAAACAUCAUGACCUGCUACUUUUCUCAAAGACUUUACACUGUAUUUGAUUAUAAAGUGACAUUAGCCCUGGAAAAAAUCCUAACAUAUAGUAUUGCAGCAAUCCCAGAACAUACACAGCACUACACAAAUAUAAUGAAAAAUUUGUCAAGUAUGCAUUUGUUCACAUUUUCUAACUGUGGAAAGAAUUGCUAGUGGUAGUAUCUUACUUACACUCAUCUUAACACUCCACUAUGAAUAGCAAACAGAGGGAGACUUCCUCUCGUAUAUAGUGAAGAAAACUUUAUGUACCAAUUCAGGUGUAGUAGCCUUGAUGUAUUGUAAAAUGAAAUGCCAUCAAUUAUAUUGUCCUAGCAUCUACAUGUUGCAUUGUAAUUUAGAUGCUGAAUGUAUACAGUAUUUUUUGGUAUUGUACAAAUUCAGGUAUUAUACCAUUGCUCCCUCUACCCUGCCUUGUCUGUAUGCUAUGUAAUUCUGUAAAACAAAGUGGUUGUAUUUUUCCUUCCCCAAGUUUUCAUGUUUCCAUUCCCUGGCUUCGCCUUCAAAUUACUGACUGACUGUGAUAAAUGUGAAUAGGUGCCUCCAAUCCUCCCCUACCUUAUCCAAUCAAUCAUUCUUCAUGGGUCAGCCUCAUGGUAAGGGUCACAGACUUUCACAUUGUCUGAUCAUCACAGCCUUUCUGAUCCAGCUGUUUGCCAACCAGUACUAUCCAGCAGGGUAAUAACAAUGAGAAACUGGGUCCCUGAAUAAAGUUGUAUUUUUGUUCAUCUCCUUAACACAGUGUGCUGAAGUGUGCUGAAGCCAGUUUCUGCCCAUUAACCUUUUUGCUAUUCAGUCUUUCCUGUCUUCCCCCUUAUGACAGUUAUCGCCUUUUCUUAUUUCACACCCUCCAUUACAUCUUUGUCUUUUUCCAGCUUUCACAAAAGAUCAUUAAGGUGCAACAUUGGUUCUGUUUCUUGUUUUCCAUUUGUAUUUUUGCCUCAUUGAGAAUCACCAGCAUUUACACUGAAAGGUCCUGUUUUCAGCAUGCAUAAUAAUUUGCUUUUGUGGAAUACCUCAUCUGCUUGCAGUUGAAAUCAGUAAUUCAUCGCAUACCAGGCAUUGAUCUCCAAGUUCUACUGAUUUGUAAGGCUCAGUUUUGGCUUGCCAGUGGUUUUCUCAAAAGAGUCAUCAAGGAAGACCCGAUAAUGUACACGAUUCACACGUAUAGACUAUAUCCAUUUUAAGAUCUUGAUUGCUGUAAGACAUUUGUGAAAUUUUGAUGCACAAUAACAUCAAAAUCACUUUAUUAAAUUAAUCUUUCUACUUCUCCAGGAGCCAUCUGCCAUCCGUUUACACACGUGAUUUCUUAAUGUACUCAGGUACUCCCAUCUGUCUAAACAUUACUCAUUUAAUAGAUUUCCAUUACGAUAAAAUCUACAAAAUCACCAUGGCAAUACUUAUUCACACACUAUUGGAGAGAAAACUAUUUCUUAGCAACACCAUUAAAAGGCCAUUGCUAGGUGUCAGAAUACUUGCACGGUAUUUUGUUAGCUUUGUAAGCAGAAUCCAGUUUGAAUUGGUUAACUUGAUGUCAUCAAUCAGGUUUGCAGGAACAGCUGUCACUGUAAGAUCAUUCAUUUGAUAGUCUUUGGCAUCUCACAUAAGUGUCCAAUUGCCAUAUGUGAACCCAAUCCUGUUGACCUGUUUUUAAUUUUCUGGUACUUCACUGAGGUUACUAAUCAUUGAAAAAAAAUUGGAUCAUAGGACUGAGGACUUACAAGAUGAAUUAACCAUUUGACCCUUCAAGCCUGUUCAACAAGAUUGUAGAUGUUUUAUAAAAUCAUGAGGGGCAUAGAUAAGGCCUUUUCCCCCAGGUUAGGGUAGUCCAAAACUAGAGAGCAUAAGUUUAAGGUGAGAAGGGAAAGAUUCAAAGGGAACUGAGGGGAAACAUUGUGAGUGUAUGGAAUGAGCUGUUGGUAGAGGUGGAUACAAUUACAACAUUUAAAAGAUAUUUGGAUAGGUACAUGGAUAGGAAAGGUUUGAAGGGAUAUGCGGCAAAUGCAAAGCAAAUGACAUUUCUUGGCAAGGACGAGUUAGGUCGAAGGGUCUGUUUCAGCAGGCCAUAUGAUUCUAUGACAGGAGUUGUGGCCUCAGCUGAAUUUUCCUUCUGUACUUCACUAUGGUUUUUGACAGCCCAAAGAUCAUGAAGCAAGGAUUCUCUAUUCAGGUCCUUGUAACCAUGAAGGAACAUUAAACACUAGAAGAUAUUUAUUGUAUUUUCAUGGAGUGAAGUCUAUGGUUUAUAUUGUGAUGGCUGUCUGCUCCUUUCUCACAUGAGUCUUGCUUAUCCUCUAAAAUGUACUUUUAAAUGUAUAGGGGGUUGAUUUAUCUUAUUCAGUUGCCCAUCCUCACCAUUGCCACCCACUGUUGGAGGUUCUGUUACAUCCUGACUCCCUUGUCUAUUGAAAUCCAUCUAAUGUAACCUUGAAUAAGUACAACAACCCACCUCCAUGGCUUUGUGAGAUAGUGAAUUCCAUAGUCUAACUACUUUCUUUGAGAGUCAUAGAGUCUCUUGUUUUUCUAAAUUCAGUUGAACAUAGGUCUAACCUGUUCACCAUUCCUCAUGAGAUAAUCUUUUCAUCCCAGAAAGUGUUGAUUGAACUUACUCUGAACUGCUUCAAAAGCAAUAAACCUUUGUUUAAAUAAGCUGUCCCAGACUUAGUAUUGUAUAUUAUUGUGGUCUCACUAACACCCUGUUCAGCUGUGUUCAA